CUUCAACAACAAACUCUAGCAACAAAAAAACCAUGCCGCUCGAGAGCAAGCAGCUGAGCAUCAACGCCGACAACAACGCUCCGAACGAGCCUCAAGCUCGAACCGACUCGCCGCAAAAGAAGCUGUGGGCCCGAAGCCUCAUUGGAGAGCUGUCUGCGAUUGACGACAAUGGGGCCAUGCCAGCCACUGACAACUCCUCCGCGCCAGCGAGUGCAGAUACCACAGAAUCACACGGCGACUUGACCGCGACCGACAGCACCACCAGCUACAACCUCGCCGAAGACCUCGCGACCAACAUUGCCCGUGCAAACAACUCAAAGUCUUCUUCUUCUCAUCCGCACCAGCGCGAGCUCCACUCAGACUCGCACUCGCAGCGCAGGGCGCGGCACUCACUGGAUGAGCAGCAGCGUUCGGCAGCGAUGAACUACGCAGAAACCAAGUCAACGCCGUCAUCGUCCGUCGACAAUUCGACCGACACUGCGACGCAGACACCUCCAUCAGGGAUUUUGAGCAGCACGUCGUCUGCCAUUGUCGUGGCGCUGGACGACUCGGCCGAAAGCCAGGCAGCGUUCGAGUACGUGCUCGACAAUCUGCUCGCUGAGAACGAUGUGCUGGUUUUGGUGCACGUCUACGAGCCGUUCUCCUUUGUGAACAUGGACGUCAACGAGAUGGGAUACGUGAGCUCGGAUAUCUUUGAUGCACUGUCGAAAGAGCACAAAGGCAUUGCCAAACGAGUGAUGCAACGCUAUGUUGCAGAGUGCAACCGACGCAACAUCAAGUGCCUCGUCAAGACGUGGGAAGGCGAGCCGAAGAGUGGCAUUUGCCAAAUCGCCGAACAAACCAGAGCAAAGUUCCUGGUGGUCGGAACGCAUCGCCGCAACGCUCUGAUGAGGUUGUUCAUUGGUUCGGUCAGUGACUAUGUCGUGCAUAACUGCAAGCGACCCGUCCUUGUCAUUCCAAGCAACAUAGAGACGCAACAGCAGUCUGCGCAGCAGUCUGCAGAGGUCCCUCGUCGAGAAUCCAUUUGAGCGGUGUCAGUUGCGCACCGACACGAACGUACGUCGCCGCGGACGAGAUCACUGUCGCCGUAAUUUUGUUGUUGCAUGACCAAGUUUUCGUGGAGAAAAAACAACAACAAAAAAACAAAAAAACGAACAUCCAAAACUCUGACCUGGGUCAGCUGGCCCUUUCCAAAGCGCGUUUGUGCACGACGCCUGUUGACCUUCAACUGAUGUGCUGGCACAAUAAAGUCUUGGACAGGAUGAGCCA